GCACGAGCAGGGGGAGCCGCAGCUGGGACAGGUGAUGGAGAAAGGCCUCAAAAUGACUGGAAGAAGACAAUUCUAAGAUCCGUUCUAUUGUACUUUGCCAUGUCGGCAGUCACUGGUCCAAAUGGUUUGAUCGCUUGGUACAGAGGUAAAACUGCAAGCCAACAACAGCCAGACAUUCAGACAGGUGAUGGAGCUUCUACUCAGAUACCUUCAGAUGGUAAUAUCCAAACGCCUUUUGGAAGUCAGAUACCAUCACCACCACAACCCUUGACAAAAUUCUUACCUGGAACAACUUCUCAGGCUUUGUUCGAUCCCAACUUUCCGCUAGACUUUUACAUCUUUAUCACAGCAGGUGAUGCACCUUCUCAUGAUGAUUUGACAUCACAACAAUCUCGCUUGGUGCCAGGAGGCAAAGGAGGUCGGGAAGGAAGCAUACUGCAAUUCGAGGACAAACAAUUCGCCGACUUAUUGACUCCCAUCAGCACGGACCCAAGUCAGACAUGGCACCCAAAGACUAAAUCCGACAAUAUACUUGGCGCUUUGAGAUGGAACAAUGUUCUUUUGAACGAUAGCAAGUUGCAACGUGAAGCAGAUUUGACGAUCAGCGUUCCGAGUGUUGUUCAAUCGCAAAAUGGAAGCAUUUGGGCAGAUAUCCUUGCAGUUCCGUCUGGCAAGUCGCUAGUCGAAUCAAAGAGAAUGCACAGCCGGAAGCUUUUGACCCGGCUAUUUCCCGAGAAAAAGGAAAGACAAGAGAAGAAAUUAUUUGAUAAAUCGAGCUCUGAUUCAUCGGCUGGUAUCUCGAUUCCUUUUCUGGACAAGGAGCCAGCCAAAGUGAUUUCAUGGUGGCACGGAAAUCUCACCUUGGCUGUCGUUGAGCAGCCACAUGGUACAGGCUUGCCAUUGAGCAAUAUGCCACCACCUCUCUUACAGCAUUUGCACGUCUUGGAGGAUGAGGAAGGAAACAUUGUGACACCGGCAGAGAAAGCGGCCUUCAAUUAUCCAGUCGUUUUCCCGAAUGAUUUCUGGCAUUUACGUGAGCAUAUGCACCCGAUCAAUUCUACCCAUGAGACGUUGCCGUUGCAUGUCUCUCUCUACAUGACAUCCUUUUUCAAGUUUCAGAUGUUGGCUGCCAUGUCAGAUUCAUUCGACAAGCAAGCAGGUAUGGCUGCCAACGAGAUGGAUUUGAUCAAGUUGACACUUUUGGAGAACAGCCCGUGGUACCUAGGUUUGACUUUCGUUGUCAGUAUCUUGCAUAGCUUGUUCGAGUUUUUGGCGUUCAGUUCCGAUGUCUCACAUUGGCGCAAGAAGGACAACAUGACUGGAGUCUCAUUGGGUUCGAUCAUGACCAAUGUGAUCGUUCAACUCAUCAUCUUACUCUACCUUUUGGAUCAAUCGCAAGAUACAUCAUGGAUGAUUCUGGCUUCGCAAGCUGUCGGUAUUGUGAUCGAAGCAUGGAAAUUGACGAAAGCUGUGACGGUGACAGUAUUACCACGCAAAAAGGGAGAAGGAAAGUCUUAUUUGCAAUGGGUACCUUAUCGGUUGGACAUUCGUGAUAGACACGUUUUGAGCGAAGAAGAAAAGAAGACACAAGAGUUUGACAAACUUGCCUUCCGUUUGGUAGCAAUGGUAGCUGUACCUCUGUUGGGCGCAUACACCAUUUAUUCUGCCCUAUAUCAAACACACAAAGGAUGGUGGAGUUUCGUGAUCGGAACGUUGUGUUCGUUUGUUUAUGCUUUCGGUUUCGUUUCUUUAAUUCCACAAUUGAUUGUGAAUUAUAAGCUUAAAUCAACGGCAGGAAUGAAUUCAAAAACGUUUGUUUACAAGAUUUUAGGAACUUUUGUUGAUGAUUUAUUUGCAUUUGCAAUUCGUCAACCAUGGUUACAUCGAUUAGCAUGUUUCCGUGAUGAUAUCGUUUUUAUGAUUUUCCUAUAUCAAAGAUGGAUUUAUGGCGUUGAUCCUACCCGUGUUAACGAAUUUGGGCAAGUAUUGGAAUCCAAAGAA